GCCCUUUAAAUAUCGUGUAUUUUUUUCAUUUAAAUCAGUGUCUUCUUUUUUUUUGUUACUGUGAAAGUCCUAUAGUUCUAUUAUAAAUACUUUUAUUUAUUAUUAUAUAAACUUUAUGAAUAUUUUUAUUACAGUUUAGUAUGAAAAUCGGUGAAAAUCUAACUGUCAAUAUAUAAUUUAGAGGUUAGAAAUAUUUCCUUUGUUGUGCGGAAAAAUGAGUUGUAUUGUUUGAUACAUUUUUUCAAUAUUGGUCGAAAAAAGUUAUCUCUGUUUUUAUUUCUUAGUAAAAUAGUUGUUUCUUUUUUUGUUGUUUAAAAAUUUUUUUUUGACAAUCAAAAAGUUUAUAAAUAAAUUUUUAUACUUUUUUUUUUGCUGAAUAUGUGUCACAAGUAGUUUUAUGUGAUUCACGUAUUUUAUAUACUUAUUAUUCUCAUGAAAUUUACUCAUCCUCUUGUUUACAAUUAUAUUGCUUUACGUGCAAAGCUUCAAAAAGUAUAUCUUGUGUCAUAAUCAAAUCAUAACUUUUCUAUUAUAAAGUUUCUCGAAUUCAAUUGAAUUAAAUUAUAAAGAAAUUAUAUUAUUUUCUUAUUGUAUAAAUUAAAAUUACAAAAUUUUACACUAGUAAAUUUAUUUUUUAAACGAAACACCAAUUUCCGUGUGAAUUUAUUUAAUUUCCAUAAUUAGCAUUAUGGUAUUGGAACGGGAAAGGGAAUUUUUUAAAGCCGAUUCAUCCAGCAUUGUAGAAUGGUUGCAGAAGAGUGGUCAAUUAAAAGCUGAGGGAAGUGAAAGUCCGGUAUUUGGUAAUGAAGGUGGAUCUGGAAGAUUAGCACCUCAUGAAUUACCAAAUGAAAUUUCUGCACCAUAUGAAGUACCACAAUUUCCCAUUGAGCAAAUUGAGAAAAAACUUCUUAUUCAACGUCAACUUACAGUAAAGGCUGCAAAGGAUCUUGAGGAAAGACGCAGUCAUUAUGAACCAUCCCUUGGACCAGGGGUGCCAGAUAAUAACGAACAUCCUUUUACACUUGAAGAGAAUGACUUUGUACCGCAUUUUCAACGAGUCUCCAUUUCCGGAGAGGAUACUUCCGGGGUACCAUUGGAGGAUUUACAUCAAGCAUCGCAAUUAUUGGUACAAGCACUUGCAAUUCGUGAGAAAUAUAUGAAUAAUUCCAAACAAACAUUUCCGACAAUUACAUCAAGAUUUUUGCGAAGUGUUGAUAAAAGGCCUCAUUCGUCAGAUGACGAUUUUCAACACGAUGAUCGAAUGGCCAUUGAAGAUCAUCCAGUACACGUUCCAGCUUCACGUGGUGAUCCAUGGGAAUGUGAAUUUCCAGUGACAAAAAAUUAUAAAAUUGCACCUAUUAAUGGAGUAUUCAAUUUAUUUGCUAGUGAUGAAGAUUUAGAAAAUAAAAAACCAGUUCCUUAUUCAUAUCCCGAUUUAUCGACAUUUGUUGGCGAUAUGAAUAUUCUUUGUGCAAUGAUUGCUAAUGGACCAUUAAAAUCUUUUUGUUAUCGAAGACUGAGUUAUCUCUCAUCGAAAUUUCAAUUACAUGUUCUUCUCAACGAACUUAGGGAACUUGCGAGUCAAAAAGCAGUUCCUCAUCGAGAUUUUUAUAAUAUUAGAAAGGUGGAUACACACAUUCACGCGGCCUCUUGUAUGAAUCAAAAACAUUUGCUACGUUUUAUUAAAAAAACACUUAAAAAUCAUGCCGAUGAAGUUGUAACGUGUUCAAAAAUUGGAGAAACUAUGACACUUCGAGAAGUUUUUCAAUCGAUGAAUUUAACAACUUAUGAUCUCAGUGUUGAUAUGCUUGACGUUCAUGCUGAUAGAAACACGUUUCACAGGUUUGAUAAAUUUAAUGCAAAAUACAAUCCAAUUGGUGAGAGUCGUCUUCGUGAAGUUUUUUUGAAAACGGACAAUUAUUUAAAUGGUAAAUAUUUUGCGAGAAUAAUAAAAGAAGUGUCAAGCGAUCUUGAGGAAUCGAAAUAUCAAAAUUCAGAACUUCGACUUUCAAUUUAUGGAAAGAGUCCCGAUGAAUGGGAUAAAUUAGCAAAAUGGGCAAUUCAAGGUGAUGUCUAUUCUGACAAUGUUCGUUGGCUCAUUCAAAUUCCCCGAUUAUAUGAUAUUUUUAAACUCAACAAACUUAUGACAAAUUUCCAAGAGAUACUUAAUAACAUUUUCCUACCGCUUUUUGAAGCGACAAACGAUCCUAAUUCACAUCCUGAACUUCAUAAAUUUCUUCAGUAUGUCAUUGGUUUCGAUUCCGUGGACGAUGAGAGCAAACCGGAAAAUCCUCUUUUUGACAAAGAUGUAUUUCCACCAGAAAAAUGGGAAGAUGUCGAAAAUCCACCUUAUGGUUACUAUCAGUACUAUACAUACGCUAAUAUGACAGUUCUCAAUCAUUUUAGAGCGGAACAAGGACUAAACACCUUUGUUUUGAGACCUCAUUGUGGAGAAGCAGGUCCAAUACAGCAUUUAGUUUGUGGUUAUAUGAUGGCCGAAAAUAUCUCACACGGUCUUUUACUUCGAAAAGUUCCAGUGUUACAAUAUCUUUAUUAUUUGGCACAAAUUGGAAUUGCAAUGUCGCCUCUCAGUAAUAAUUCAUUAUUUCUCAAUUAUCAUCGUAAUCCACUUCCAGAAUAUUUGGCGCGAGGACUUUGUGUUAGUCUUUCAACUGACGAUCCACUUCAAUUUCAUUUCACCAAGGAGCCUUUAAUGGAGGAAUACAGUAUUGCUGCACAAGUUUGGAAAUUAAGUUCAUGCGAUAUGUGCGAACUUGCAAGAAAUUCUGUUAUUAUGAGUGGAUUUCCACACAAGAGCAAGCAAUAUUGGCUGGGUCCAAAUUAUACAAAAGAAGGUGUCGCAGGAAAUGAUAUUACAAGAACAAAUGUCCCCGAUAUUCGUGUUGCUUAUCGUUAUGAAACAAUGGUCGAUGAGCUUUCAAAUAUUUUCAAAGUUGUUGAAAAAUUAGAAACCUUCUAGCGUUUACCUUUAUCUUGUGUUUCGUCUUAUAUCGCCAAUAGAUUUGCAAUUUAAUUGCUUGUUUCAUCGAAUCUUAUAUAAAAACGAACACAAGAACAAUUAGUGAUUACUCUAAAAAUUUAUUUUCCCCUUUACGGCAACUUAUAAGAAAUUAAUUUUCUCAAUUCUACAAAUCUCGAGUUUUUAUCUCGCAAAAAAAGUAAUAUCGUUAUAUAAUAAAUAGUUUCUAUUUUAUCAUGGCUGUUAAAUCAUGUUUAUAUAGGCAAUAAGAAAAGUUGUUUAUUAUAAAAAAUGUAUGAAAAAAAAAAAAAACAAAUGAUACUUUAAAAACGAAUUUAUUGUAAAGAAAAUUGUUUUUAUCGAUUGACUUCGAAUGAAGAUAAGAUAUGGCUUGACCAAAUGUAGAUUUCUUUUUUUUUUUCUUUUUUUUUUAGUAAACAACUAAAUCCUCGAAUAUGAUAAAUUUUUUGGGCUAAAAUAAAUACCAUUAGAAGCAUAAUAUUAAAUUAGAAGAAAAAUUUUUAGCUAAGGCUUUAAAAUUUUAUUUUAUUACAUUUUUGUACAUUUAUACCACAAUCAUAUAAUUUUAUUUCUUCAUUAGGAUUCAUUAUUAUAAAAAUCGUGCGAUCCUAGGAGAAAGUACAGUUAUUUUCUAAUAUUGCCAAAUUGUAAAAAAAAGAAUGUAAAAAUAUAAUGAUAAAUAUAUAAUUGUGCGUUUGAAUAUAUUAUAAAUUUAAUCAUAUUGGUUUUUAUAAUCCAUAAUUAAUUAAAAAAUUGUAACUGUUUAUUUUUAUUUUUUAACUGUAAUUGUUAAUUUAUGUAACGAAAUUAUAAACUGUAAUAAUUUUUUCUGUAAUUAAAUAUUAGAAAUAUUUUAA